GAUCAAAUUAUCAAAAGAGACAGCCUGUAACCAAAGAAUCCACAGUUCCUCUCUCACGCUUCCCAUUAUUAGAGGGCUCUGUAAUAAAGCUAAUUUUCCAUCAAAACCCCUUCAGAAAAAAAGCUAAAAAGCAGAAAAAAAAGGGAGGGGGAGGGGGGAGUUUGGGUUUUCUUUCUUUUCUUUUCUAUUUUUUUUUCUUGCAGCCCCUUCUAAGCAUCUUUUGUUUAUGGUCUUCUCCCUCCUUCCCUUCUUUCCCUUCUUGUUGGACCUUUCUUUGCUGUUUUUCUUUUAUUUUUUAUUUUUUGUUUUCCGAUUAGAUUGAACUGGUUGAGAGUUUUCCUAAUUGGGUAUUCUUCUGUUUCUUGGUUUGAUCAGUUGAACAGCACAAAUUCUUUCUCUUCAUUUUCUUGUAAAUUUGCUAUCUUUUCUUCUGUUCUAUUUUAUAUUUCUUGGUUUUUUCUUCUGAUUUGAGGCUUUUGAGCUCUCUUUGCUUUGUUUGAUUUAAAAUAUAAGUUUUUAACUGGUUUUCUGUUUCCUUUUUGAGUUUAUGUGCCUCUCUCUUUUUCCUUCUUGUUGCUUUAGUUCCUGACUGUUUUAGCACGUUGGGCUAGUAAAUUCUCGAGUUCUUUUCCUUGUUCGGGUUUUUCGAUUUGCCUAGCAUUUCGAUUUUCCUUCUUCGGCUCCUUACAAAUUUCUCAGUUUUUUGGUAUUUUUUUUUUCGCGACUUCUGUGAUUACAUUCUUGAUUCCAUGGGACUCUGUCAUGGAAAGCCGAUCGAAGUCCCUUCAAGCAAUGCAGAGAAUUCUGUGGUUCCGGGCAAUAGCGAACAUGCAGCGAAUUCGGAUGCCACUAAACCUUCGAACUUUCCAUUCUACAGCCCCAGUCCGUUACCGAGUGGUUUCAAGAACUCGCCAGCCAAUUCAAGUGUGACCUCGACCCCUCUGCGCUUCUUCAAGCGACCAUUUCCACCACCUUCCCCUGCAAAGCACAUCAAGGCAUUGCUUGCUCGCAGGCAUGGCGCCGUGAAGCCAAAUGAGGCCACGAUUCCUGAGGGAAGCGAAUGUGAAGUUGGAUUGGAUAAGUCUUUUGGAUUCUCAAAGCAUUUCCUCCAGAAGUUUGAGCUUGGUGAGGAGGUGGGACGUGGGCAUUUCGGAUAUACCUGUUUGGCAAAGGCGAAGAAAGGGGAAUUGAAGGGACACGAAUUGGCUGUCAAGGUUAUUCCCAAAGCAAAGAUGACCACAACAAUUGCUAUUGAGGAUGCAAGAAGGGAAGUGAAAAUACUGCAUGCUAUAACAGGACAUAAAAACUUGGUGCAGUUCUAUGAUGCUUAUGAAGAUGAUGAUAAUGUGUAUAUAGUGAUGGAGUUAUGCAAGGGAGGAGAACUUUUAGACAGGAUACUCUCAAGGGGUGGAAAAUACUCAGAAGAGGAUGCCAAAGUUGUUAUGGUCCAGAUUCUAAGUGCUGUUGCUUUCUGUCAUCUCCAAGGCGUGGUUCACCGUGACCUCAAGCCAGAGAAUUUCCUUUUUAGUUCGAAGGAGGGGGAGUCUCAGCUCAAGGCCAUUGAUUUUGGAUUGUCUGACUAUGUUAAGCCAGAUGAACGAUUAAAUGAUAUUGUAGGAAGUGCAUAUUAUGUAGCACCUGAAGUUCUCCAUAGAGCAUAUGGCACUGAGGCUGACAUGUGGAGUAUUGGUGUGAUUGCCUAUAUCCUUCUGUGUGGAAGCCGCCCAUUUUGGGCUCGGACAGAAUCAGGGAUCUUCCGAUCUGUCCUGAAGGCAGAGCCCAGCUUUGAAGAAGCUCCAUGGCCUUCAUUGUCUUCUGAAGCAAAAGAUUUUGUCAAGAGGUUGUUGAAUAAGGAUUACCGUAAAAGACCUACUGCUGUUCAAGCUCUCAGUCAUCCGUGGCUCUCCAACAGUCAUGAUGUCAAAAACCUAUUGGAUAUAUCAAUAUGCAAGCAUAUAAAAGCUUAUAUAUGUUCUUCUUCUCUCCGGAAAUUAGCUCUCCGGGCUCUUGCAAAGACAUUGACAGUAGUUCAUCUAGCUUAUUUCCAGGACCAGUUCACGUUGUUAGGCCCAAAUAAGAGUGGGGUUAUAUCUCUGCAAAAUCUUAAGACGGCCUUGCUGAGGAAUUCUACUGGUGCCAUGAAGGAUUCCCGGGUGGUUGAUUAUGUUAAUGUGGUGAGCUCGCUUCAAUAUAGAAAGUUAAAUUUUGAAGAAUUCUGUGCUGCUGCAUUAAGCGUGUAUCAGAUGGAGGGACUGGAGAAUUGGGAGGAACAUGCACAUUCUGCUUAUGAGAACUUUGAGAAAGAUGGCAACAGGUCAAUCAUGAUUGAAGAACUUGCCUCGGAACUUGGCCUUAGCCCAUCAGUCCCUGUGCAUGUUGUUCUCCAAGACUGGAUAAGACAUGCCGAUGGAAAGCUCAGUUUCACGGGGUUUGUCAGACUUCUGCAUGGGUUUUCUUCACGUCCAUUGCACAAGCCUUGAAAAGUAAACUCCCAGGCUGAUCAAGAGAUUUAUCAUUCCAUUAUUGUCACUCUCCAAAGUCAACUCUAAAAUUGACCCCAUGGUCUGCCUGAUUCGAGAGGAAAACAGAGCUGGCUUGACCACUAGGCUGCACAUUGAGAAAAGGAAAAGGCGAGCUAAGAUCUAGAGCUCAUGCAAACCAGUCGGAGCAUAAGCCAUGCCUGGUCUAUUCUCAUAAGCGAUUUGUACCUUUCAUUUUUUUAGUUAUACCUUCUUCCCCAUGUUUUGUGUAUUGAAGUUGUAAGAGGAUUGUACAGAUGAGGAUAGAUCAAAGCUGUAGCUGUAGGAGAAAGUUCAAAGUGAGUUUUGUGCUUUGUGGAUUGUUCCCUUGUGUACCCAUUUCACCAGUUUCUUAAUAAAUUCCUUAUUUUUUUUUUCUAC